CCUUGGCUUCCUUCUAUGGAUUUGCAGGGCCCUGGGCUCUACUAUGUGGAUAAUGAAGGCAACCGGCUUCCAGGUAGUCUGUAUUCAUGUGGCUCUGGAUCAACAUAUGCCUAUGGUAUCCUUGACAAUGGCUACAGCUACGAGAUGUCAGAUGAGGAGGCCUUUGAGCUGGGUCGCAAAGCCAUUUUUCAUGCCACAUUCAGGGACUCUGCCAGUGGAGGCAUUGUACGUGUGUACCGUGUGAAAGAAACUGGCUGGGAGUGCAUCAGUGAAGAAGACUGCAAGGACUUGUACUACAAAUACCAAGCAGAGAAGAUGCAGUGAUACUUUGUCUCUGCAGUUUUUCAUUGCACAAAUAAACAGUAAUCCCAGCUGUAA